AUGGUGAAUCGGGGCGACAUCUCUCUCUCGCAUGUGGGUACCAGCGACAUGGUGGCCGACAUCUUCACCAAGGCUCUCGGCCCAAAGGUCUUCUCAACGCACUGCUACGCCCUCGGCCUUCGCACUCGACACCCGCGGCUUGGGUCUGCCUCGCAUUCGCGUGGGGGGGGGUGUGAAGAGUCCACUCUCAGCUCGACAGGGGCGCCUCGGUCGUUGCGCGCACUUGCUAGCCCGCCCCGGCGGUGGGGACUUAGACGCGCGCGACUGCCUCAGCGCGCCAGCGCCGGCGGAUUCAUGCGCGCGCCCGCUAGCCCGCCCCCUUGCGGUGGGGACUUAG